AUACUACCAGAAGUUACCUAUGGACCCUACUGAGGUCUUCAAGCGGAAAUUAUCGCACCUGCUCGACACAGCAAGGGAAGCAGGAACCAUAUCCAAGAGAGAACAUGAUUUUAUGCAGUUGAAUUUUUGGACCUCCGGAUUACGAAAAAGGAUGACUGCCUGAUGACGAAACUAUACAGAAAGGAAACAGCUACGAACAGUUUGCUUCACUAUGCAUCUUUCCACCCAGAACAUACACGACGAGGGAUUCCAGUGGGGCAGUUUUUGAGGGUGAAGCGCAAUUGCACGGAAAACCCAGAUUUCAAGAUGGAAGCCUCAAACUUGACUUCCAGAUUCCGUGAACGAGGCUACCCGAAAAAGGUGAUUUCCAAGGCAUAUCAGAGGGCCAAUAGCUCUGACCGCCAGAUGUUACUUAAAACCAACAGAAAAGACAAGAAAAGAAAGGAUGAUUCCCUGAGGUUUGUGACGACGUUCAACAACCAAUGGUCAGGUUUGAGGAAAAUUCUGCAGGACAACUGGAGCAUACUACAGUCGGACAAUAGGAUUCGUGGGAUUAUUCCCAAGACACCUCUGGUGGUAGCGAAGAGAGCUCCUAACUUAAAAGAUAUACUCACAAAGAGUCAUUUCCAGAGACCGACAAGAAGCCUGGGGAGAGGAAGAAAACUGAAGGGUUCCUUCCCAUGUGGAAGUUGUAGUGUGUGUCAACAUAUAACACCCACGGAGAAGUUCGUCAAUCGGACUAACGGACAAGACUUUCCCCUGAGAGAUUACAUCAACUGCAAGACCACCCAGGUAAUAUAUGCAUUGAUCUGCCCAUGCGGAAAGACCUAUGUGGGUCAAACUGGCCAGCAGCUGCGGAAGAGGGUGCAAAAACACCUCUCGACCAUAGCCCUGGCCAGACGUGACGCAACACUGUACAAACCCCUUACUUCUGUUGCAGGGCAUUUUUUGAAGUAUCAUGCAGGAAAAUCUAUUGGGCUACGAGUGGUUGGCCUUGAAAAAAUAACUACUAACAUUAGGGGUGGUCCAGUGACAAGGAAGCUCCUACAGGCGGAGUCAAAGUGGAUCUAUGACUUGGGGACAGAGACACCACGUGGUCUCAAUGAAGAACUCCUGUUUACAGGCUUCUUGGGGUAAGUGUUC